UUAGAGUGCAAACGUUAAAGGCAAACCUAGAGCCCUUACAAUGGAGCCAGCAAGAAAGAGGAGAACUUCUCCUGUCUGGGAGCAUUUUGAAUUGAUUGCUCAUAACAAGGUUUGUAUACAUUUAUAUAAUUUAUUAUCAUAACAUCACAUAAUCCUCACCAUAUCGCUGUAUAAUCACAAUGUGUAUUAUCUGCAUGUUGAAGGUGAAAUGUUUGCUGUGCCAUAAAGAGCUGACUUACAGCAACAACACCUCUUCAAUGCUUAGGCAUUAUCGUGCAAUGCAUGAGGAUGCACAACCUGCUGCAAACAGACCAGCCACUAGUCAAAGUAAUAUUUAAUCUUAAUUUUUUUAUUAUGUAAAUAAUGUGUUAGGCUCCUACAAUACACCAGCAUUGUACUGUGUUAUAGAUUACAGAAAGAAAAUGGUGGAUGAGGCUUUGGUCAACAUGGUCAUCAAAGACUCCCAACCCUUUUCUGUUGUGGAUGACGUGGGGUUUAGGGAGCUUGUGCAUGUGCUGGAUCCAUCCUAUGUUCUCCCAACAAGAAAGGUAUGUAUGUGAAUAGACUAAAGUAGUUUAUUGUUAUAAAGUCAGAAUGAAUAGUAACAAUUAAUAUUUUCAUUCUCAGGCUUUGAAGUCCAUGGUUGACACCCGGUAUGAGGAGGCUAAGGAGAAGGCCAAAGAAAAAUUGGACAAUGUUGUUGCUGUUAGCCUUACGUCCGACAUGUGGACGUCCAUCAACAUGGAGGCUUACCUGGCUGUGACUUGUCAUUUUAUUGAUGCCAAUGACCAGCUUGGGACAAUCUUGCUUGGGGUGCAACAUUUCCCAAACACCCAUACGGCAGACAACUUGGCUAUUGCCCAUACCAUGGCCAUGGAGGAGUGGGGCAUAAAGGAUAAGGUGAGGUGCCUUGUCACGGAUGCUGCUGCCAAUAUGAUUGCCUGUGUGAGGGCAUUGAAUAUUAGGCAUGCGAUAUGCAUUGCACAUGCAUUGAAUUUAAUUGUCAAGAAGUCUUUCGAUGAUGUGCCAGGCUUAAAUGAGCUUCGCACCAAAUGUAGGAAGCUUGUAACCUACUUCAGGACCAGCACAACAGGAAAAGAAAGACUGGCCCAAGUGCAGGUGCAGAUGGGGAGGCCUGCUCUGAAAAUGAUUAUUGAGGUGGACACUAGAUGGAACAGCACUUACAGCAUGCUGGAAAGGCUCUAUGACCUGAGAGAGCCAGUGGGGGCAGCUCUAGCCUCUUUGAGGACAGAUGUAAGCCCUCCUACUUCAUUGGAGUAUGAAACAAUGAAGGAUGCUCUCGACCUACUGGCCCCAUUCCACCAGGCCACAGUAGAGCUUUCUGCAGAAAAAAGAGUGUCUGCUUCAAAGGUUAUUCCCCUAAUGAAGAUGCUGAACCACACAAUAGUAAGAAAAUCCGAGGGCUUAACAUCAAAUAUGGCAAGGCAGCUGGCUGACAACCUUGUCCGUCGCGUCAGAGAGCAUGCGUUACAAAUGGAAUCCAUUAGUGUGAUGACGAUGCCUACAUUGCUGGACCCUAGGUUAAAAAAACUAGGGUUCCUAAGUCCAGGGAAGCUCCAAGAAGCCAUUACAAGACUAAAGUCAGAAUGUGCCAAUGUUAUCAGAAAUUCUGAAACAACACCCCCAGCUCAAGUACCUGCCUCACAAGCUGGGCCAUCUACAACCUGUGGUGACCUUUGGCAUCUACUGGACAGCACAGUGGAUAACAGCAGACGGAGCUCCAGUGUGACCGCAGAUGCUACUAUUGAGGUGGACCGUUAUUUGUCAGAGACAAAUCUGGCAAGGACUGAGGAUCCGCUGGGUUAUUGGAACAAACAGAAGCUCCAACAUCCCAAUUUAUAUAAGCUGGCACUUACGUUCUUAUGUUGUCCGGCAUCAUCGGUGCCCUGUGAAAGGGUGUUUUCUAAGGCUGGAGAGGUGGUUUCCAAAAAGAGAAACCGCCUCAAUCCAAAUACUGUAAAAAAACUUUUGUUUUUAAAUAAAAAUCAGUAAAAAUGUU